UCAUUUCUUGUAUUUUAAAUGUUGCUAUGAAUUAGGUUAAUUUCUUUUCUUCCUUUUUCUUUUUAAUUUUCCUUGUUUACUUUUUUCGUUGAAUACUAGGAUUAUGAAAAUUUGAUUCUUUAUACAAACGUUAUGUCUAGAAUAAGAGGUAUUGAGGCUAAAAUACUAAAACUUCAAAAAGAAGUUCAAAAACAACAAUUAAAACGAAAUGGGAUCAACGAAGAAGACAAAAAGAACAGAGAAGAUGCAUUGUGUAGCAAAGAUGAUCCGGAAAAGGAACAAAUAACGGAGCUCGUGCACAAGCUUCCUAAAUUAGACAAGAUUUUUCAAGUACAUCGAAAGAUAGGAGAGGGCACAUUUAGCUCUGUGUAUCUAGGUUCCCUGCGUCAGCACUCGGACCUGCCCGAUGCACAAAAGCGCUGGUUUGCCAUCAAACAUCUUGUACCCACUGCUCAUCCCGCCAGAAUAGAGCAUGAAUUGAGGUGCCUGCAGGAUAUGGGUGGAACGCAUAAUGUUAUUGGUGUAGAACUCUGUUUGAGACAUCUGGAUACUAUAGUGUUUGUUAUGCCGUACAUACCUCAUAAAAAAUUCUCAGAGUACGUAGGAGAUAUGAAUGCAGAAGAAGUGGCGAGGUACAUGCAUGCCCUGCUGGUGGCUCUGCGCCAUGUGCACUCUUUUGGAGUAAUUCAUAGAGAUGUCAAGCCUAGCAACUUUCUUUACGAUCGGGAAAAUAGAAGGUACCUGUUGGUGGACUUCGGCCUGGCGCAGCGCGUGUGCGCCGCGCCCGAGCCGCCGCCCGCGCACUCGCAGAGCACAGCUAAACGGUUGCGGGAGGAGGACACGGAUGCAUCGCCCGGCGCCAAGCGCGUGGCGCUCGACCUGUCGAUGGGUGCGCGCGCGCACAGCGUGCCCGUCUCGCGCCGCAUCGACGCCAUCAAGCAGCACGCGCUCAAGCAGAGCUUGCCGAAGAGCGCGGGCGCGGGUGCCGGUGUGCUGCUCAAGAGCCCGCGCCAGGGCACCGCGCUCGACACCUGGGCGGCCGGCGUCGUGCUCGCCUCCGUGCUCACCGCCAGGUACCCGUUCUUCCGCGCGUCGGACGACGUGUCAGCGCUGGCGGAGUUGGCGGACUUGCUCGGCACGGAGCCCAUACAGCGCGUUGCAGCUUCGCUUGGUCGCCGUGUAGUUGUGUCGGGGAAGCGAGGCGGCAUUUGCUUGCGCAAGCUAGCGCGGCGGCUGCGAGGAGUUCCCCCCACACCACCGACACACGCUGCACAAUCAGCACCUGCCGCACUAUCGGCACCUGCUCCACUGUCCGCACCUGCCGCACUUUCAGCUCUGAACUGCUCACGUUGCCGCCUUCCCCAGCUGCAGUGCCUCUGCGCUACACAAGCUCAACCCGUGAGUUGUAUUAAACGCAGUUUUUUUAACAACACGGACCCCGAGGAAAUAGUGGUAGCGGAUUUCCCCGACAGCGCGUUCUCGCUGGCGAUGCGUCUGCUCGACCCCGACCCGCGCACGCGCCUCUCCGCGCACGACGCGCUGCGACACCCCUUCCUGCGCCACCUGCCGCACUGACCGCUGCACUAUACUGCACCACACCACACCACACCACACUACACUACACCACACUACAAUACACAAGACAUCUAACGUUCUCAGUCCCCUUAUUUUAACCGAUACAGCCAUAUCAUACGACUGGUCAUAGUGCGCGUCAUUCAUGUUGUUUAUGAAUGUCGCUAUUAUCACGAUUAUGAAAUUACAAAUGAACUUCGAAACUUAAUGAAUUUUAUCACGAAACGACUCACCGUGAAACAUUAUAUUGUGAGCGCGCACCAUAACAAAUACACGUAAUUUUAACGCAGGACAUCAAACACAUCAAUGUUUUUCAUUGAUAAGAUAUUCUGUAUAUUCCAAUACGUGUUUUAUAUCUUGACCGCAAUGUUUUAGAGUAGGUAGUCAUUUAACUUUUAACCUGUUACCAUAUCAGCCAAAUAGUUUAUCGACAUUAAGAAGCUAGUUUAAGAAGAAUAAGUUCUUCUAAAUGCGCACAAAAUCAAUGGGUGCUAGGCUAUCGUACAAUUUUGUUUUUGUUUCAAAUAGAUAAUCCCACCAUUUUAGCUGCGACAAAAACAUUUUAUAGUUUGCGUCGGCCGCGAAAAGUCCAUGCGUGAAUGGUAUAUUUUUAGUUGCAAAUGUGGAAUUUUUUUGUUAGAAUAACAUUUAUAUCCUCGAAAUACCUACCAACCAAUUACAA